AUGGCAGCGUUCAAUGAUUUUUGCAUUGUGUGUGAUCAAUUGAUCCCAGAACACUCGCCUAGCACUAAGCAGAGACUAGCUUGCAGUAAUAAGAAACACGCUUGCAACAGUGAGAGGGUGUUGUACUGCUCGGAGCAAUGCCAAUUGAGGGACAGGAGCUCUAUCCAUGCAUGUUUGGAGUCGUUGGACUCGCGAAGUAGCGGCAAGUUGGAGAGUUCGGAGGUGGUUGCGUACACGAGUCUGGAUGACUCGGACUCUCUGAUAACGUCUCCGUUGCUGCUGCCGAUGGACAAUAAGAGUGGUGGCAGUGGCGAGGAGGAGGACGACAGUAGCAUCUACUGUCUGAUGAACAUGGAAUCGGUCAACACGAUUGCGAUCCCACGGUCAUCCAACGCUCGCAGCCCUGCGACUGCGAGAAGCGAGAUGAUUUAUGACCACAUCCCUGAAAACAACUACAAACUAUGGCUUAACCAGAAGCAGUGA